UGUCCGCUGAGAUUUCAUUCUGAAGUGUGUAAAUAGGCCUUAAUGUUGGCAACAUUUACCUAAAAGUCAAAAAGCUGUCAACGUCAAGUUUCUAAAUUCUCUUCUUUGGUGCCACUUGUGAAGGUCACAAUGGGGCGCCGGCCAGCUAGGUGUUACCGGUACUGUAAAAACAAACCGUACCCAAAAUCGCGGUUCUGUCGCGGUGUGCCCGACCCAAAGAUCCGCAUCUUUGACUUGGGAAAGAAGAAGGCCACAGUAGAUGACUUCCCACUGUGCGUGCACUUGGUGUCCGAUGAGUACGAACAGCUAAGCUCUGAGGCGCUCGAGGCGGGCCGUAUUUGCUGCAACAAAUACCUCGUUAAGAACUGUGGCAAGGACCAGUUUCACAUCCGCAUAAGAUUGCAUCCAUUCCAUGUCAUCCGCAUCAAUAAAAUGUUAUCGUGUGCUGGAGCUGAUAGGCUCCAGACCGGGAUGCGCGGUGCUUUCGGCAAGCCGCAAGGCACCGUAGCGCGCGUGCACAUCGGGCAGCCCAUCAUGUCCGUGCGCUCCAGUGACCGCUGGAAGGCGCAGGUCAUCGAGGCUCUGCGUCGUGCCAAGUUCAAGUUCCCUGGUCGCCAGAAGAUCUACGUUUCCAAGAAGUGGGGCUUCACGAAGUACGACCGCGACGAGUUCGAGCGCCUCCGCGACGAAGGCCGCCUCGCCAACGACGGGUGCAACGUGAAGUACCGCCCUGAGCACGGCCCGCUCGACGCCUGGCGCAAAGUGCAGUACGAGAUCCACAAUGUAUAGACGUUUUACAAUUAUAUACUGUGAAAUUUA